AUGGACGAGUUUUCGACGACCACUGAUCGCUUUCUAGCAUGGUUCAAAACUGUCGGAGGCGAAUUCCGCGACGAUUUGCUGGAGAUCAAAGACCUCCGACCAAAGGACGCGGGCCGAGGAAUUGGUCAGUGGGGGCGACUACAGCGUUUGGACGAAACAUCAGAGUUGGCCGAGAAGCUGCCUAAAGUAUUUGAAGUGCCCGAGGAUGACGAAGACGAGGAUUGGGAACCUCUGGACUCAUGGGGCUCUCUAAUACUUGUUAUUCUGUAUGAGUAUCUUCAGGGAGAAGCAUCACGAUGGAAGCCUUACUUCGAUGUGCUUCCACAAAGCUUUGACACGCCAAUCUUCUGGACUGAAGCUGAGCUCAAAGAGUUAGAAGGCACGUGUCUUACACCCGAGAAGAUCGGAAAGCAAGAGAGCGACGAAAUGCUGAGGAAUCGCAUACUACCAAUCGUCCUGCAAAACGCGUCCAUCUUUUAUCCUGACGGCACGACUCAAUUGAGCGAGGAUGAUUUGCUAUCUCUUGCGCAUCGCGUCGGAAGUACCAUUAUGUCUUACGCAUUUGACCUUGAUACCGGCGAUGAAGAUUCAGACGACGAAGAAAGAAUGAGCUGGGGCUGA